CCAAUCACCUUGCCAAUAUGGACAGCCCUCAAAGCCACACUCACUCUCUCUGAUCCCUUCGAUGCCUGUGUCUGGGCCAUGGCAUCAUGCACAUUUUUUGGCAUGAUGUGCUUUGGUGAAGUGUCAGUAGCAUCACAAGGGGCCUUUGCACCCACUAAGCAUCUCACGAGGGCAAAUGCCUUUUUUGGUGCAGACCUACGAGGUAACCCAUAUGCGCACCUGGAUCUUCCUUCAGCCAAAACAGCUCGUGCAGGUGAAGUUCAAUCAGUGUUCCUCAAUGAGCAAGGGGACCUUUGUCCCCUCAGGCAAUAA